GGAGUUUCCGUUUUGGGCGCUCCAACGUCAGUACACCGGAAGUGACGAAGUGCCGUACCUCGUCCACGUAGCUCCAAUGUAGCAUCAAGAUUCAGUGCUUGAGAGCCGUCAAACAACACUUCGCUUAGUGUACUCAUCGACUGAACAACGAAGAGUUGACCAAAAUGGAUCAGAUCCAGAAGUUCACCGAACCCAGUCGUAAAUUCACCAGAGACAGCAUCAGGCUCGUUAAGAGAUGUACAAAACCAGAUAGGAAAGAAUUUCAAAAAAUUGCCCUGGCCACUGCCAUUGGGUUCUGCAUAAUGGGAUUCAUUGGAUUUUUUGUCAAGCUUAUCCACAUUCCCAUCAACAACAUCAUUGUGGGCUCAUAAAAACCAGCUCUAGAGUCUAUAAAUUGUAUUUAUUGUUAAGAGAAUAUUUUCAAUUACUUCCUGCAAUUACUCCCUUGGAGCUCGAUUAUGCUCGCAGUUUUCAUUUACAUCAUGGAAGAAUAUAUUGAAGCAGAAUUAAUAUGUUGUGAUUUGAAUGAUGAAUCGUACGAAUGAGAGAAUAGGUAUGAAUGUGUACGGAUGAAUUUUGUAAUAAAAAAACCAUAAUUUCGA